AUGUCACUCCCCCAAACAUACAAGCAAGCUGUCUUCCGGUCAGCCGGUGCACCCCUGACGAUAGAAGAAGUGCCCCUUCAGCAACCCGGACCAAAAGAAGUCUUGGUCAAGGUGGAAGCCUGUGGAGUAUGCUUCUCUGAUAUGUUUGCUCAAAACAACAUCAUGGGUGGCGGAUUUCCCAUUGUUCCCGGCCAUGAGAUCAUUGGUCGGGUAGCAGCGGUAGGACCCAAUGUCAGCACCUGGAAGGUUGGCGAUAGGAUCGGAAGCGGAUGGCAUGGUGGACACGAUGGCACCUGUCGGUCCUGCAAAAAGGGGUACCACCAAAUGUGCGAUAAUCAGGUUGUCAACGGAGAAACCAAACAAGGAGGGUACGCCGAGUAUGUCUUGCUGCGCUCCGAGGCGGGUGUCCCCAUUCCCGAAACAGUGUCAGCCGCCAAGUACGCGCCUAUUCUCUGCGCCGGCAUGACCGUCUUCAACUCAAUUCGGCAUAUGAACGUUGGUGUUGGCGAGACGGUGGCUGUCCAGGGGCUGGGCGGGCUUGGUCACCUGGCUAUCCAAUUCGCCAACAAGUUCGGAUAUCGCGUGGUGGCCAUUUCCAGGGGCGCUGACAAGGAGGGUUUUGCGCACGAGCUGGGGGCACAUGAAUACAUCGACACGUCCAAAGUCGACGCCGGAGAAGGUUUGAAGAGGCUCGGGGGCGCCUCGCUGGUGGUGACUACAAGCCCCAGCGCGAAUACAAUGUCUGGGUUGAUGCAGGGCUUGGGGCCGCUGGGCAAGCUGUUGAUCCUGAGUGUGCCAGGCGAUGUGAGCGUCAACACUGGAGUCAUGCUGAGAUAUGGGUUGUCUGUUCAGGCAUGGCCGUGUGGCCAUGCUAUCGACUCGGAGGAGGCAAUUGCCUUCACUCAGCUGCAAAACAUCGACUGUCUCAUUGAAGAAUUCCCAUUGGAGAGGGCCAACGACGCUUUCGAUGCUAUGCUAAGCGGGAGGGUCAGGUUCCGAGCCGUAAUUACGUUUUGAGUAGUAGAAGUCCAGUACGCCGGAGCGGGAGGACCGGCCGGUGAUAAAAUCGCUUAAUUGGAGGCGGAGGGCCCGGCAUGAAGAUGCAAUGCAGUUUGUUGUUUUACCGGCCCGGUUUUUCCAUCACUAAUGAAUGACUCGUGGCAUAAUCCUGUUGAUGAUCUGAAACAGCCGUAAUGGGAGAGAAGCCGGAUGACUACGGGGAUAUGCAGCCACAUCAAUGAUAGUAUACAGAUCAGGGUUCACCAAUGAUCGCCAGGUCCCGCGUCCUUGGCCGUUGGAUCGGAGGCCAACAAAUGCCAGUAAUAAAUCUCUGAGUGCCUAGCUAUCUCCGACAUCAACAGCGAGC